AUGAGUUAUAGCAGAGUAUUUCAAAGCAAUAAUCCUUCAGGUCUACGAGAUAGGUUAAGCGAAUAUGGUGAAAAUUAUAUUGUUAACAAUAUUAAAACGUCAGAAGCAUGGUUAUGGUUUGCAAAUUAUUAUCCACCAAAAUAUAUACGUAAGCGUUUAUUAAAAUUAGGAUAUGAAGUAAAUAAUAGAGAUUACUGGGAAAAUUUUGUAUUUCGUAUCAAAAAUAAUUUAACCAGCCAUAAACAAAUAGGUAAUGACCCUGAAUAUAGAAAUUUUAAAGUUCAAUUAGCAUUGUAUAAAAAGAAUCGUGCAUCAUUAAUUAUCCAGCAGACAUAUCGUUUAUGGAGAAGACAAAUUAAUUCCGCUAAAAUAAUUCAGCAUGCAGUAAUUGAAUGGCUCUAUCGACCAGGCGGAUUAUUUAUGAAACAAGCCGAAGAUCGAUAUCAUCAACGGACAGAAAAGAGAAUACCACAUGGUUGA